AUGUGGUGGUCGUCGGUAAUGGUGUUGACCAUCGUCGUACGGCCGUCGUGGACUGCACUUGACACCGCCGCCGUCAUCUCCAUUCAGAACGAACUCACAAAGCACUCCACCGAAUUGGAAAUGCUUGUCGACCAUGUGAAACAGCUGAACGCUCGAGUAACUGAAAUGGGCCGCCCUGGACCACCAGGAAACGAUGGAUUGCCAGGAUUUCCAGGUCCCAAAGGUCAGAAAGGAGAAAGCGGAACCGAUGGAAUACCGGGUAAGUCUGGAGUACAAGGCAUUCCGGGUAUGAAGGGCGAUAUGGGUCCAAUCGGUGCAACAGGUAUGAAGGGUGACAAAGGCAGUAUGGGAUUCCCGGGACAAAAAGGUGAACAAGGAGCUAAUGGUAUUCCUGGUCUGAAAGGUGACACAGGAAACCCUGGAAAGAUUGGUGAACCCGGUUCUCGUGGACUUCCAGGUCUUAAAGGCGAAAAAGGCCAGGAAGGUUUUCCGGGUAAGGACGGCAUACCCGGACCACCUGGAUGGCCUGGUGUCAAAGGAGAAGAUGGAUUGAAUGGACGUCCAGGAUCGCCUGGUUUUCCCGGCAAAAAAGGAGAACCCGGCACACCUGGAGUGCCAGGCAGUCCAGGGUCAAUCGGAGAACGUGGUAUGCCUGGAGCCCCAGGACCACAAGGUAUGAUGGGACCGAUUGGACCGCCUGGAAAAAUAGGGUUGCCCGGGCCGAAGGGUCCAGAGGGUCUCCCAGGUCUACCAGGUCAAAAAGGCGAGACGGGUAAAGAUGGGCUUCCUGGUCUACCUGGCUGGUUGGUCAGUGAUAAAGGAUAUUGUAUUUUGGCGCUGGGUAAUUGUCCACCAUCGUUCACACAGAUAACAGCGUAUCAGGCACACGUCGAUAACUAUCGAUUCGGCGAAUAUUCAUUGGUGAAAUCAUCCGGAAAUGGUGCUGCAGAAGAGCACUUCGCCUUAAAAGUACACGCAUGCUGUAGAUAG